AAUUAUCCUCUUCUUCACAGAAAGACAAAAUAAUGGCGGUUUCAAUUGUUGUUGAAGAAGACAAAUACAGGUCUCACUUAUAUGGAGAUGGUGAGAAAAAUACAAAGUGGAGGUUUGGCGCCGCUCCUAACUAUGAAGCCGUCAACAAGCUCUUCGAAGAAGGCAGAACAAAGAUAUGGCCGGUUGGUUCUCUUGAAGAGAAAGUUCAAAACCUUGUAAAGACAUGGGAGAUGGAAAUGUUCAACAAAUUAGAUUAUGAUGAUUACAAAACUGUUGAUACCAUCAACUUCAAGUUCAGCCUAAAUGGAAGUAAACCUGUAAAUCUUGAAGACAUGCAUCGAGUACUUGGGGGAGGCUACAACGCGUUUAUGCAAACUUCCCUGCCUCAAAACUUGAGAUGUUAUGAUCCUGAUGAAGAAACUGUGGAAUCUGCCCAUUUGGCAUUCAUCACAGCAUUCACACGCGGUUUUGCCCUCGAGGUUCUUCAGGUUUACUCAGGCCCACCAGUGAUUGUGUACAAAUUUAGGCACUGGGGAUUCAUGGAAGGACCCUUUAAGGGACAUGCCCCAACAGGGGAAAAGGUUGAACUCUUUGGCAUGGCAGUUUUCGAGUUGGAUGAAAAAGAAAGGAUUGUGAAGGUGGAGUUCUUCUUUGAUAGAGGAGAAUUGCUUGGAAGGCUAGUAACGAAAGGAGGAGAUGAUAAUUUACAGGGGGAGAUCUCUUCUAGUUGCCCAUUUUUGAAGAACAUAAGCUAAUGAGUGUUUCUAUCUCUUUUACCCUAUCAUAGGUCUCUGUUUUAAAGGACAGUGGCUGAAAAUAAGAGUAUUUGAAAUAAGUUUUCUUUAAGUUCUGUAGUA